ACAUUAACCCCUGCUAUUUCCAGAAACUUCCAGCCCACUUCCCCACGUCACCAGUGGGAAUCUUUAAAGCGACCGUCGCCCGUAUAAAAUGUCUCAUUACUCUGCAGUCAGAAACAUGAACGCCGUGAAGACGCAGUCACCGAUAGCCACGAUGGCGAGUAACGACAGCGAGCCUCUGCCGCUGGGCUGGGAGGUGAAGAUCGACCCCCACACCGGGUGGCCCUUCUUUGUGGACCACAACAACCGAACCACCACCUGGAAUGACCCGAGACACGACACCAGAAAGAUUCGAGAAGCAUUAGCAAAUGGACCCAGUGUGCCAGCAGAAUCAAGCCCUUUCGAGCCUUCAAAGACCUUUGUGAAAGAGAUGAAGCACCCCAUUCUUCGCCCCGGUUAUGUUCCCAUCCCGGUCUACCAUGACGGAGCAGAUGUGAGGCAGCAGCAGCAUCCAUGUUACUCCUACAUCCAGCCAGUCACUGCACAAAAUGUCAGGACAGAAGGUCCGACCCCAUCCCAGACGUCAGGGAUCCUCCACGGCAGACCUAAAUCACCUUUGCUUGGACCCUCUGACACGGAGUGUGGGAAGGCCGGAUCGACAGUUUCACAAACAUCAGAGGUUAACACCGCCCCCCAUCACCAACGGCCCAGCAGCACUGGUCUCCAGCCCGGGUAUAUCCCCAUCCCAGUGAUCCACGAGGGUGGAGGGGGCCAAACAGCGCCUCACACGAAUCCCUCCGUCUACACUCAACGUGUUCCCUACUCUGAACAUCAGCAGCCCUUUCACCGCCUUCAGUCAGAGGACUGGCCCAGCUACUCUGCAGGAGUACAGCCCUCUAGAGAAAGAGCUUCUCCAACUACUUUUCCCCAACAUCGCGAAGGGACGUCUGUUCACAUCCCACCUCAUGUGAGGAGUCAUUCACCUGUUAAAAUGCAGGUGAUGGGGGAAAGGCCACAAGCUCCACAGUGGGUCCUGUCAAGAGAACUGCCCCAAAAGACAGAGCAGGAGCAUGAAAACGUACAGCAGAAACUCAACAAUACGCCGGCUCCUCAAAUACCUCACAUAAAUGCGAACGUCCCGAAAUCUCAGCAACCACAGCAGCUCCAGCAACCUCAGCACUUCCAGCAGCCUCAGCAGCUCCAACAACCUCAGCACUUCCAGCAGCCUCAGCAGUUCCAGCAGGCACCACCUCAAACGCAGCACGAACUGUCGUCGCAGGCUCAGAAGCAGGAGCUACCACAACACCACAUGGCUGACAUUACAGUUCAGAUAUCUCCAAAAUCAGAAGCCCAGGAGGAACCAACUUCCCCCACAGAAGUCUCACCUGCACAGGCAGAGGCUGAGCUGGCAGCUCAGUGCCCAGUCCACCCGGGAUUGGCUAAAGUGCAGCAAAUCCUUGAAAGAGUGGCUAAAUUGGAGCAGGAAGUGAAAAGCUUCAGUGGAAAGAAAAAUGAUAAAAAAUACUUGCUACUGGAGGAGCUCUUGACCAAGAAGCUGUUGGCACUGGACUCUGUUGACCCCGAAGGCCGUGCAGAUGUACGGCAGGCGAGGAGGGAUGGAGUUCGUCGUGUGCAGACCAUUCUGGAAGAACUAGAGCAACUGGAGGAGCAGUCUGCAAUGGAUGGAGACAGUCUGACUCAGAAAGGAGAGCCCAGCAUGAUCACUGAGAAUGUUGAGAUGGCAAAGGAGAUAUAAUGACUGAACACCUCAAAAUAAAGAGGAGGAAACAAGUCUGCUCAGGCUGUCUCUCCUUUUCCUCUACCUACAGCAUUUGUGGAAGUUGCAUGCAUUGAUUCAAAGUGUUGCUAUGUCCAUUCAGCACAUAAUUGAUGGUAGCUCGGUGGAACUGUAUUGUCCAAGCCAUUGUUGUUGCCUUUUUGUUGUUUCAGUAUCUUUAAACGAAGAUUGCAUUCAUCAGUGAUUUGUUGACAACUUUGUUAAACAUAUUAUUGUUCAAGUAAGAGGCCUUUAUGAAUAAAUGGAAGAGAAACACAAGUAUUUUCUUAAGAAAUGCUAUUUGUAGUUGCCUUUUGUCUGAUUAAAUACUUUAUGAAGCUUUUCUUAAUCUAGUCAGAACAUGAGUUAGGCUUUAAAGCAGAAUGCCUGAGUCAACUCAAGCAAAUUUCUCCCAGUGAAUGCCAUCUGGUCUUGUUGGAGCUGCUUUGUCACAAAACACAGUGCAUUUGUUUACUACAUGCUGCUUUUUGGCAUAUUGCUGAUUUUGCUGUCUUUGCACUCUGCUGUUAUUGAAAAUCAGGGUUCCCGCACGGUUUUCUGUGUGGAAAUCCCAGACUUUUCCAGACUCAAAAAUGUCCAGAGUUCUCUGUUGAUUCAGAUGUUUCAACAGUGGCCAGGCUUUAAAUAUGGAACAUGCCAUAAUCAGGAGUAUGGAUGGGUGGGUGGAUGGAUGAAUGCAUAAAUGAACAGAUGGACUGUUAAACAGACGGACAGACGGAUGAACAGACUAACCAACAGAUAGAUGCAUAGACAGACAGACAGACAUAAAGGUGCGCAGAUGGAUGGAUGAAUCCAACCUUUAGACAAUAGGAGAGGCAAUAAAGUCUGGAAAUCCUAUUUUUUCCAUAUUCUGUUUUCCUUUUCCAUUCUUAUCCAGAUCUGGAAACAUUUAAAUUGUAUUCCAAACUUUUCCAGGCUGUGGAGGAAUUCUGGAAGAUGCAACAUGCUGAAAAUCAGCCACACAUCCGUUCACACUGUUUCACCGCAGCAUGUUUUCAGUUUUGUGUUAAAGUGUAAUUGUAAAUUGUUUUACUUGCUGCUGCAGACCAUGAUACCAGUAUUUCUAUGAGAUUUCUAUGAGUAUUUUUGGUACAUGAAUGUGUAAUGUCUACCAGGGGUGCGAUGUGUAUCUUACUUGAGAUGUGAGACAAUCAGCAAAUUUUAACGACUGUCAGAAUGUCAUAAACCUACCAAAGCCACAAUUUGUAAUAAGUUUCACCCAAUACGGGCCUUCGAAGCCUUAAAAAUGCCACCUCUGUUAAAAAAAACCUAAUCCAGUCUCCCAGCUCCUGGAAGUAUUUUAUUAUAACUUUCGGUGAACUAAUUUGCCCCUCUGAGAUUGUAAGCCAUCACAGCCUGACAUGCAUUCACAAAUUAUGGAUCGUGGCUUAGUACUCAUCAGCAGCUGGCUGAUUCAUUAAUUACAGGAAGUAACAUUUGUAUAAUUGAAAAUAAAAUGUUUUGACUGACA